AUGGCCGAAGAAGCGAAAGCAGUAGGAUGGGGCAUCCUGGGGACGGCAGACAUUGCCAGGAAGCUUGUGCGAGCUAUCUCCAGAGCCGGAGGCUCCAGACUAGUGGCCGUAGGGAGCAGGACGCUGGAGAGGGUAGAGUCAUGGUGCGAACAGAACCAGAUCCCCAGUGAGGUAGCAAGGUACGGAAACUACGAGGAGGUCCUGAGGGAUGGGAAGGUGGAUGUUGUGUACAUUCCACUCCCAACAUCCAUGCACAAAGAAUGGGUACAGAAAGCAGCAGAUGCCGGCAAGCAUAUCCUCUGUGAGAAGCCGGUUGGGAUGAAUGCUCAAGAAGUAGAAGAAAUGAUCGCCUGUUGUGAACACAACAACGUACAAUUCAUGGACGGGGUGAUGUGGAUGCAUCACGUCCGGGUCCCAGUGCUGAGGAAGGCGGUGGACAACCAGGACAUGAUGGGCGAGGUCGUUCGGAUCGUGACAUCCUUCACGUUCUUCGGGGGAGAGGAGUUCGACCGGACUAACAUCCGCAUGAAGAGCAACCUGGACGGGCUGGGAUGCGUAGGUGACUUAGGAUGGUACAACGUGAGAGCCAUCGUCUGGGCCUUCCAAAAGGAGCCCAAUGAAGACUACCAGGUGUAUGCGGUAGCUCACAAGAGGAACUCAGAGGGAGUCAUCAAGAGCUUGAACGCUACUCUCUUCUACGAUGACGGGAGGUUUGCUUCCCUGGACUGCGGCUUCGACACCAACUGCCGCCAGACACUGGAGAUCGCCGGAACGAAGAGUUCGAUCCGUCUGGAUGAUUUCGUCCUCAACGCUAGUGAGGAAUCCUCCUCUUUCAUCGUCAACACAUCGGCAUUUAAAGAUAGCGGCAUGAUCGUCGAGCAGACGUCAUCAAAGCAUGAGGCCGGAGGUUGUUGUCAGGAAGUUCGCAUGGUGGAGUGCAUGAGCAAGAUCGUGAGGACAAGGCAACUCGAAGACUACUGGCCGAAGAUCGCUCUCCAGACCCAGCGAACGAUUGAUGCGAUCAUGAAGUCUGCUGAGAGCGGGCAGCCAGUCAAGCUCAAAUGA